AUGUCCGCCAUCGAUGAUUUGGUGGCCUUGGACUGCAGUCAUGGCUUUUGUGAAGAGUGCUGGAGGGGCUAUCUACAUACACAGGUAGAUGAUGGCAAGUCGGCGGUGCAGACUCGCUGUCCUCAGCACAAGUGCCCCAUGGUAGUGCCGACUGCUUUCUUCUCUCGCUUUUGCGAUGUAGAGAGGCAGAAGAAGUAUCAGGACUGGUGCCUGCGGACCUAUGUGGAUGAAAAUGCGUCCGUAAAGUGGUGCCCUAAUCCAGUGGGUUGUCAGUUUGCCUGUGAAUAUCAGGGCGUCGAGAGUCUGGAAAUUCAUUGCCAGUGCACCUUUGUUUGGUGCUGGGCUUGCGGUGAAGAAGCUCACAUGCCCGCUAGUUGCAAAACUGUCAACCAGUGGAAUGUGAAGAAUAGCGCGGAAUCAGAGAACAUCAGCUGGAUCCGAGCUCACACAAAGAAGUGCCCCAAGUGUCACAAGCCAAUCGAAAAGAACCAGGGCUGCAACCACAUGGUUUGCUCAAAGGCCGGCGGUUGUGGUCACGAAUUCUGUUGGCUUUGCUUGGGUGAUUGGGCAUCACAUGGGACUUCAACUGGCGGGUAUUACCAGUGCAACAUUUACGACAAGCAGUCCAAGCAGGGCAAGCAUGCAGAAGAAGAAAGAAGUAGACAAGAAGCCAAGCAUGCGCUUGACAUUUACAUGUUUUACUUUGAGCGCUUCAUGGACCAUGACAAGGGCAUGAAGCUUACUGUGAUCCAAGAGCAGGACGGGUGGGACCCGGCAAUGCAUGUUGGUGCUACGGGAUAUGGGGACAUCGAGGGCAAGGUACAAAGACUCCACGACGAGCAUGGUUUUGCAAUUAUUGAGUUGCAGUUCCUCUAUGAUGCACUUCGGCAAGUCCGAGCAUGCCGGAGAGUCCUCAAGUGGACGUAUGUCUAUGGCUACUACCUUGAUGAUUCUAAUGAGAAGCCGCUCUUUGAAUACCUGCAGAAGAAUCUUGAAGAAAAGACGGAUUGCCUUCACGAGAUGUUGGAAAAGGACUUCGACAAGAUUUUUUUUGAUCAGGACAAUCAGUUAAGCAGCGGCUCUGAAGAAGCACAUCAGAAGUUCAUGACCUUCCGCAGUCAUGCGACGAACUUCACGAAUGUGACUCAGAAGUUUCUAACUCAGAUCCUAACCGAUCUGGGAUCUGACACUGGUUUGGGUCAACGAUUUUCUCAGAGCUCGACGUGA